CGCUUUUCGGCGACAAAGGACGAGCGAGCGAUGGAAGUCACGAUCGUGAACAUGGUGGGAAGCGGCCGUCUCGGCAACAAGAUUGUGCUGCAGGAUGUCGUGAACAAGACAAAUAAGCGCGCUGAAAUGAGGAAGAAUUGCCUCUUGCUCAAGUUGACCAACCCGAAAUCGUCGGCCAUGUUGUUUCCGUCAGGAAAGGUUGUGUGCACGGGUCAGUCUACUGAAGAAGGGCUCAAGGCAGCAGCCCAGAAAGUGGCGCAGUUGCUCAAGCACAUUGACUUCCACGUGUCGUUGAGCGACUUUCAGUUGGAAAACGUCAUUGGUCGCGCGGAUGCAGGUUUUCGCAUCCUCGUUGAAGAGCUCGCGUUGCGCUAUCCUGACGUCACCACAUACGAGCCCGAAUUGUACCCAGCCUUGGUCUUCCGCAUGUCCAAGCCCAAAGUUCACAUCCUCAUUUUCGCCAGCGGAAAAAUCGUCUUCACAGGGUCUAAGGAGAGUCGGCACCUUCGCGAAGCCUGCGACAACAUCUCGACGAUAUUGAAUGAGUUUCGCGAUAUGAAGCCUCAAGUAGAAGACGCUGCCAGCGCCUCGUCAAGCUAGCACCUUCAUCCCCAAGGCGGCAAAUCCUAGCUCAAAUAUCCCAUCACCACGAAUUGCCUGGAUCGACGAAGCGGCUGGGUCGAAUUUCGACUCGCAGCCAACUCUUCCUCGGUUGAAUGCAAAUGUGAAUACGAUUGUGAGGCAGGGUUGCUCACCCGACGUCACCUUUGCCCUCGCAAGUUCAUCAUGGUGGCA